AUGCUGCUCUUGCAGGAUCCGAGAAUUAUAUACUUCAGUUACCAGAGUGAGGAUCUAGAAAAACAACUAUAUCACGAGGCAAUAAAGUCCCCAAAGCUACCAAAUGAAGCAGCAAACCAACAAGCCGAGGGAGAUGGAGAAGUGGCCAAAGAGGACUGCAGGAGCAGCCUCCGCGUUGCUCACAGAGCUCCGUGGCUGCAGGCUCUCGUCCUUGGCGCCAACAAUGGCCUGGUCUCGAUAGCAUCGCUCCUCCUGGGCGUGAGUGCCAGGAACAGUAACGAGCGCAGCAUCAUCCUCUUGGGCAUCGCAGGCCUCAUCACCGGCACGUGCAGCAUGGCAGUGGGAGAGUUCGUGUCGGUGUCCUCACAGUGCGACACCAAGGUGGCCGAGAUAGAGAGGGAGCGGCAGCAGCACGCUCCCGGCAGGAGAUGGAGGAGCUGGCCCAGAUAUACGUGA